AUGAAAAACAGUAAGCCGAUGGUGAUCAGCAAGCAGAUGUUGGAAGAGUUCAUCACGAAUGGGAUGAAUGGCAAAGAUUUGAAACUCGUGCUCAAGAAAAUACUGUAUGAAAGUGAUCUGAGAAAAAACCAGAACAGGUUGAGUAUGCCAAUGAAUCAACUAGAGAAAAAUAUUGAGUUCUUGACAGAAAACGAGAAAGAAGAUUUGGAGAAUGGAAAGGAGUUUGAGGUGGGAUUGUUGGGGCCAAGAUUGAAGAAGCAUGAGAAACCGAUGAUGAUGAAGAUGUGGAGAUUGAAAAGCACAAGCAGUUAUGUGUUGAAGACUAAUUGGAAUGAGUUUGUGGAAGGAAAACAAGAAGGAUUUGAAGCCACAUUUAGAGAUUCAGGUGUGGUCUUUUCGUAA